AUGACUUCCGUACCAGUCGUGCCGGGCCAGGUCCUGGCCAGCACAUCGUCCCACAUUCCCGGUCCAGGCACACACGUCUACGAGAACAACAUCCUCGCCUCCAUUCUGGGACAAUCCAUCAUCACUCCGGCGCAAAAUAAGUCGGGCAAGCCAACCGUCUCCGUCCCCCGUCGCGCCACCGCCAUAGCUUCGAUCAACUCCCUCCCCACGGUCGGCUCGGCCGUCCUCUGCCGGGUCACUCGGGUCCGACAGAGGGAGCUUUCGGCCUCAAUCCUGGCCAUCGUUGACGCGUCGACGUCGGCGUCAGCUGCAUUGUCGCCCAGCGAUAUCAUCUCGUACUCGCAAAUCACCGACGACGACCUCCAGUUCCAGUGCAUCCUGCGGCGUGAAGACAUUCGCACGCACGAAAAGGACAAGAUCGUCAUCAACGACAUGUACCGCGUCGGCGAUGUCAUUCGCGCCACGGUGAUCAGCCUGGGCGACGAGAAAAACUACUACAUCAGCACGGCCGGGAAUGAGUUUGGCGUCGUGGUGGCAACGAGCGAGGCCGGCAACGCGAUGGUGCCCGCCAGCUGGAAGGAGAUGAGGGACGCGGUGACGGGGAAAGGCGAGAGUCGAAAAGUCGCGAAGCCUUCUUGA